AUGUACGACUCUUUCGCAGACAUUCAAACGUUUGUAGGUUCGGACGAGAUUUGUGAAGUCCUUUGUGAACCAUGUUCGAAAGGGUCUGAUUCUCGACCAGUAAGUGCGCGACAUUUUUGUUCUACUUGUGUUUCUUUCAUGUGUAGUUCCUGCAGGAAAAGCCAUGAUUUGUUCUUAAAGGGCCACGUGUUUGAAGAAGGAGACAGUAUUCCGAAGGACAUGUGCCAAAUGAAGUGUCCGAAACAUAAACUGGAGAUAACAAAGUACUGUUGUUUGAAAUGUAAUGAGUUUAUAUGUGAGACAUGCAAAAAUCAUGAACAUUCUUCAUGUAACGGUAUGGUAAAGUCUGUUUCAAGUCUUGCCAAAGGUUUCGGCGACAGUAAAGACUUUCAUGACUUCACGAAAAGACUUUGUGCUGCCCAAGAGAAAAUUGAAGAGCUCGAUGUCACAAAUUCUACAAAUCUGUCUGAAAUAGAACGUUGCAGAGAUGAAGCAAUAAAUGACAUAGAAAAGUUGCGGGAUGAAGUUACGUCAAAAGUUCUUAAGCUUUCGGAGGACCUGUGUAAUUCGGUUACAUUACAAGCAAACAUGUACCGUGCCAAUGCUAUGUCAACAGAAACUGAACGAACAGAAUUGAAAGCUGAAGUACAUACUAUCAAGCACGACUUGGAAAGGAAACGGUCAAAUGGCGAAAAUUGUUUGCUCUUUAAGACGAUACAAGAUCAAGAUUUAGGCAGAAUUGAAGCCUCUGUAAAGGCCCUGGGACAAGUUGGCGGGCUUAUUAGAUACACAUUUCACCCAUCUGAAGAAGUCGAGAAAAUAAGGAAUGCUAUAAAAAGCAUGACUUCUUUUGGAAUAUUGAAACCAAUGGAAGACACGGUUCCGGAUACAGAUUUUCGUGACAAAAUUCGUGCAAAAAUGCGCUUUUUCAGAAAAUGA